AUGGAGGAUGAAGUCCAGGAUGAAGUUGAAGUCGAAGUCUCCGAAUGUAACCUGACCUCCGAACUGGAGACGAAGCUUGGAGAAAUUGGUAAUAUCUCCAAACCAGCGAACGACUAUUGUCUGUUCUUAGAUCUUAGUAAAAUUUCGCCGAUGCUUGUAGAUUCAUCAAUACGCUCGCAACAUUCCCAUGAUGAUUCGCAUGUAAAUGUAGAUUAUCUCUCUGUGGAAGGAUAUGCGGAAGACAUUUAUCGAUACCUUAGAGAGUCAGAAGAAAAAUGUAGACCGAAGUUUGGGUACAUGAAGAAGCAGCCAGACAUAACGCCCAGUAUGCGCUCCAUCCUUGUGGAUUGGCUUGUGGAAGUCAGUGAGGAGUACAGUUUGCAAACUGAAACCUUGUACUUGGCGAUAAAUUACCUGGACAGAUUCCUGUCAUGCAUGUCAGUCCUGCGAGGGAAGCUGCAACUUGUAGGGACAGCAGCCAUGCUUGUGGCAUCGAAAUAUGAAGAAAUCUAUCCCCCAGAAAUAGAUGAAUUUGUCUACAUAACAGAUGACACCUAUACAAAAAAGCAACUCCUGCGCAUGGAGCAUCUGCUAUUAAAGGUUUUGGGUUUUGACAUGACUGUUCCAACAGUCAACCAGUUCCUAAUGCAGUUUUUGAAGGAGGAAGGGACUGGUGGACAAAUGGGAACUCUAGCUAUGUACAUAGCUGAGUUGAGUUUACUAGAAGCUGAUGUAUGUCUGAAGUAUGCACCCUCUCUGAUGGCAGCAGCUGCAUAUUGCUUGGCAAACUACACAAUCAACAAUGCUUUUUGGCCUGAAUCGCUUGCUACAUUUACUGGUUACUCAUUGGUUGAUAUUGUACCUUGUCUGAAUGAUAUGCAUAAGACAUUUAUCCAAGCCAAAUUCCAGCCACAACAAGCCAUUAAGGAAAAAUACAAGAGCUCCAAGUAUCUGAGAAUUUCGCUUAUUGAGCCUCCAGCAACCUUACCUCUGCAUGCACUUAAAAGACAAUCAAAAGAUGAAAACUGA